AUUGCCAGCACUUAACCCUUCCCUGACACAGUGUAGCAGAGGAUGAGGAUGCAGCUGAGCCUGGUAUCUGCCUGUCUCCCUGUUACCUCCAUCAGCUCUGUGCCAGCUGCAGCAGCUCAGUGUUAUUCUGUGCCUCACCCCUCCUAUCCGCUGCCCCCCUCCUCCCAGCAAGCAGCAUCAAAGAGUGAGUGACACUGGAUGGAGGCUGCCCUGAGCCGGGCUCUCUGUGUCUCACCCCUCCUGUAGGGAAGCCAUCAGUCUCCUGUUCCACAAGAGGGGGGGAGGCCAGAGGUCUCCUGCUACUGAGCAGCAGCUGCAUCAGGGAUCUGGCUGGGGCUGGAAGACGUGCAAUCAUUGCACUGGAUCUCUCUCUCCUUGCACACUGAUUGUGCACAGCUGCAGCAUCUGAGCGACUGGCACCCAGCUGUGGGCACCCGGGCACCUAGCAUGCGAGCAAGCAAUACCCAAGCACCAGAGAUAAAUGGUUCCUUGUCUGGGAGGUGAUUCUUCUGGCUGCUAGAUACGUACAAUGGGCCACUCCCUAACGUGGUGAGACUGGGACCCAGCAGAAGGCAGAGGAGAGGCUGCUCUGUGGACCCUGGUGUGAUGGAUGCAGCAGGGCAGGCAGGGGGCAACGCUUAGAGGGUGCUGAUGAUGCUGCAGAUGUGACCCCUGGAGAUCAUGGCAUUGGGGCUCCCCAGCCUUCCCCCCAGCUCACCCUAUAGGACCAGUGGAAGAGAAACAUGGGGCUGAAGAACAGACACUCAGAGGGUCAUCCCAGGGAUGAGAAGGGGGAGAGGAAAGAGAGUUCAGCUGGGGAUCUGGAGCCAUCCUCUGUGGGCACAUUGCUGGACAAGGAUGGCACCUUGCUGCUGGUGGGAGCUGGCCAGGAGGUGAAGCGCAACCCCCAGGGAAUUGGGCUCUUGGCCAAGACACCCCUGACCUGUAGCCGACCUGUCAAGAGGAACAACGCCAAGUACAGGAGGACCCAAACUCUGAUCUAUGAUACCCUGGAAAGACCCAGAGGGUGGGCUCUGCUGUACCAUGCUUUUGUGUUCCUUAUAGUAUUGGGAUGUCUGGUCCUGGCAAUCCUUACCACAUUUAAGGAAUAUGAAGAUAUUUCUGGAGACUGGCUGCUGCUUAUAGAAAGAUUUGCCCUGGUUAUCUUUGGUGCAGAAUUUGUAUUAAGAAUUUGGGCCUCCGGCUGCUGCUGUCGCUACAAGGGCUGGAGGGGAAGGCUUAAGUUUGCAAGGAAACCACUAUGCAUGCUGGAUAUCUUUGUCCUGGUCGCCUCCAUACCGGUGGUGGCCGUGGGGAAUAAUCAGGGGAAUGUCCUGGCCACAUCGCUCCGGAGUUUGCGCUUCCUCCAGAUUCUGCGGAUGCUGCGGAUGGACAGGAGAGGAGGGACGUGGAAACUCCUGGGGUCGGCGAUCUGCUCGCACAGUAAGGAACUCAUCACUGCCUGGUAUAUUGGGUUCCUGACACUGAUUCUGUCAUCAUUCCUUGUCUACUUGGUGGAGAAAGACGACCAUGAAUUGAAUGAGAAAGGGGAGAAUAUGGAAGAUUUUGAAACGUAUGCCGAUGCCCUCUGGUGGGGACUUAUUACUCUUGCAACAAUUGGCUAUGGGGACAAGACUCCGAAGACCUGGGAAGGACGACUGAUUGCGGCUACAUUUUCCCUGAUUGGCGUUUCAUUUUUUGCACUGCCCGCCGGUAUCCUCGGUUCCGGUCUGGCUCUUAAAGUACAGGAACAGCAUCGUCAAAAGCAUUUUGAAAAGAGAAGGAAGCCGGCAGCGGAGCUCAUCCAGUCUGCAUGGAGAUUUUACGCCACCAAUCUGAGCAGGAUCGACCUCACUGCCACCUGGAAAUACUACGAAUCUAUAGUCCAGUUUCCAUGUUUUAGGAAGGAACAAAUGGAUGGAGCCACUAGCCAAAGGUGGAGCCUUUUGGAUCGAGUACGACUCUCAAACCCACGAGGGACCAGUCCAAAAGCAAAAACAUUUUCCCCUUUAAAUAUUGAAGGUGUAGAAGAGAGCCCCUCCAAGGAGCCAAAAAACAUGGGUUUGAGCAACAAGGAACGUUUCCGCACGGCCCUGAAGAUGAAAGCUUACGCGUUUUGGCAAAGCUCAGAAGAUGCUGGAACAGCGGGAGAUCCCAUGGGUGAACCUGGAUACAGUAAUGAAUUCCUGGUGGAAGAUUUAAUCCCUACGAUAAAGGUUGCUAUCCGUGCUUCUAGAAUACUGCAAUUCCUUUUACAUAAGAAAAGGUUUAAACAGACUCUGCGGCCUUAUGAUGUGAAGGAUGUCAUAGAGCAAUAUUCGGCUGGCCAUUUGGAUAUGCUCUCUAGGAUUAAAUACCUCCAGUCAAGAAUAGAUAUGGUUUUCGCUCCAGGUCCUCUUUCUACACCCAAACAUAAGAAGUCCCAGAAAGGGAUGGGUAGUCUAGGUGGAGGAUACGGCUUUCCAUCCCAGCAAUCUCCAAGGCAUGACCCCUACGGGUCCAAAGCUUCAGAUUUCGAAGACCAAAGUAUGAUGGGGAAGUUUGUGAAGGUGGAAAGACAGGUCCAAGACAUGGAAAAGAAACUGGACUUUCUGGUUGACAUGCAUAUGCAACACAUGGAUCAGCUGCAGGUCCAGGUAACCGAGUACUAUCCACUUCAAGAGUCAAGAGCAGAAGAGAAGGAAGACAAGAGCAGGUACUCCGAAGUCGGGAGAGUCAUCUAUAACUAUACGGAGUCUUGCUCCCAUGCUAAUCCCUACAAUUUGCACCAAGUUUCUUUUAAUAAUAUGGAUGACUAUGAUUUCUUUGAUAACUACCCUGUGGAUUUUCCUUCACCCAUGCCUUUUAAUGGUGAGAACUGUUCCAGGAGGUCAACGUCCGCUCCAGCUAAUUACAGAGAAAGGCCAACAGUUUUGCCUAUCCAGACUUUAAUAGACACAAGAGUCAACUUUCGGCAUGACGGAGAGUUGGCCAACCCUUAUGCCGAAAGGACCUCCCCAAUACACAGAAGAAGUUGUACGAGAGACAGUGACACCCCGUUAUCCCUUCUCUCCGUCAACCACGAUGAACUUCAAAGGUCUUUGAGCGGUUUCAGCAUUUCCCAAGAGAAAGAAGACUUAAAUUUUGGCCCAAACGGAUCAACAUGGAUGAGAGAUAAACGUUAUUUAGCAGAAGGUGAAACGGAUACCGACACGGACCCUUUUACACCUAGUGGCCCUAUGACCUUGUCGUCGACAGGAGAUGGUAUUUCAGAAUCAGCAUGGACACCUUCUAAACCUGUUUGCAACUAGUGGUCAAGGGAAUGACCUUUUCAUACAUUGUACUAAUUCUUUGUAUAAGUCACUAUACACUUUCCAAAGCUGAACAGAUGAAAACACUGACGACUACUUAGGAUGCAUGUUUAACUUUAUAGUGAUGACAUCACAUGAUCUCUUUCUUUUUCUUCUCACAUUGGGUUGCUUACCACUCAAAUGCAACAGCAUCUAGAUUCCAGCAUGACUUGCAUGCAUUUACAUGAUAUAAAUGUUAAAGAAAAAAAAAUCUAUCUUUUGACAUGGCACAUAAUUAUCUUAUGGGCAGAUCUAUGCAGAAGAAAGUUUGGUUGUGAUAUUUCAUCUUUCUUCAUAAUUGUGAGAUUUUUAUUUUUAUUAAGAUGCAGUGUUCAGUAAGACAUGACAUUUUAUAUUAUUAUUAUUAUUUUUAUUAUUAUUAUUUAUAGGCAUAUUUUACAUGCAGGUAACUUUCAUUCAUAUACUUGUUCAUUGCCUCCUAUAGUAGUUACUAAAUACAUUGUUUUAUCUUCCUUCUGUGCUCUUCAGCCAUGUGUUUAUAGUAUGCAGGUGAGUUCCAUUGCUUUGGAAUAUGACAAAUCUCUGCAAUGUUCGCUGCCUACAACUGCAUACCUCCAAGCCUCAGGUCGGAGGGCAUGGUUGCGCCACACUGGGCCUGUGAGAGCGUCAUAGUGGGUGUGGCCACACCCCCAGUGUGCUUUUAUUUUACCAACAGAACAGCAUUUUUUACACUGCGUGCAGUGGAAGCACCAGCUUCUGAUGUGUGCACCAGUGGAAUACCUCCCAACUGCCCCCAAAACUUAGGGGUCUACUCAUGAAGCAGGGAAAUGUGUGGAGAAGUGAGCCUGUGGAGCAGUUGUCCAUGGCAACCAAUCAGCAUUGAACUAACAUUUAUAAUUUGCAUACUAUACAAUUGUACGGCGCAGCUGAUUGGUUGCCAUGGGCAACUUCUCCACAGGCUCACUUCUCCACACUUUACACUGCUUCAUGAACAGACCCAAUAGUAGCUUAAAGUUGGGAAAGUAUCCAACAGUGUGCAGUGAUACAACUGGGAGGCUAACAAAAUCUACUGGAGAAAGGUAAAUAAAUUAAUUUAGUAAAUAUUACAGGAGGGUAACCUACAGUAUGUAAAUGUCAAUAAGUUAAUGUUAUCAGAAUGUGCAACACCCCUUUAAUAUGGUUUAGCACCUUUUCUUCAUUUCAGUAUACCAAAAAAAUGGACUUGACCGCAUAUAUAUAUAUAUAUAUAUAUAUAUAUAAUUUCCUUUUAGCCAUUUGGUUGGUUAUUAACCCAUUUAAAUUUAUUUUUACAUAUGCAAAGCAAAAGUCUACGUUAUGUUGUAAGAUACAAAUAUUUUCAGUGUGGUCUGAAGUUUACAUAUCUUUUUGUUACAAGAAGAACUAUCAUUUUUUAUGUUGUUAGAAGUUACAAUAUGACAACUUUAUUAUGAAAAAAUGUACAAGAUUUGGGUAUAUGGAUUGUUUUGAAAUGCUUCUUGGAUACAAUGUGCAGUACCAUAUUACAGACUGCAAGGGGUACAGUAUGUUUACUAAAGGUCGAUUUUGUUCGAUUGAAGAUCGAUUUCAGAUCAAUCUUAAUCAAUGUUGGCUUCCAGGGUUAAAACACACAUUUAUACCCCUUUCACAUCGCACUAAAAACCCGGUAUCGACACGGCAUAUUGCCGUGUCGAAACGGGUCCGUGUGCGAUGUGAAAGGUCCUUUGGUGAAUUAGCGGGUCGCCUGACCCGGUAAUUCAACACGGUAAAAAAGAAGGGUUAUUACCGGGUUGAUUACCGGGUCAGGCGCAGUGUGAAUGGGAGCCGUUCCGAUUCGACACGGCUCCCAUUCACAGCAUAGGCGGCGCAGGAGAUGAGCUCAUCUCCCAGCGCCACCCCCGCCCCUGCUGCUGCUGCGCCCUCCGCUUCUAUGGCAACCGACCCGGUAUAUUGCCGGGUCGGAAAGCCAGCAACGGAGCGCAAAUGCCGGAUCCCACCCGGUAAGUACACGUUUCUCUUACCGGGUAGGAUCCGGCAUUUGCGAUCUGAAUGCAGCAUUACUAACAUUUAACAAUGAAUAUAUGAAAAAGUCUGCUAGUAAAUGUGUGUUUUAACCCUGGAAGUCCAACAUCGAUUAAGAUCGAUCUGAAAUCGAACAAAAUUUACCUUUAUUAAAUAUACCCCAAGGUUUCCAGCUGAUAGCAAAACCUCUCAUAGACAGUAAUAGCACCACCAGUGGGUUAUAAUGAGGUACCGCUGUACUAACUAGCAAAGACAUUGUUUACAGAAAUCCUAUAAAAUGCUACAACAGGUUUCACAGCCAUAGGCUUCCCAGCUGCUGUGGGAUUAUCGUAGAACUACAAGUCACAUCAUGCUUUGCCUGCAUAUAGCUAAAUGGUUCUGAUAAUCUUAUCUAACACACAAAGAGAGUCUCUUAUGCCAUAUGAUAUUUUCAAAAGGGAUUAUUCCAUUUGUUAUUGGGCAAGGGAUUGCCGAGACUGAAACCACUUCAUAUUCAGCAGUAGUUUUAAGCUAUAUCCACCCAACAAGAAGAGCAAUUCUAAAAAAGUUGCCCUGUGGAUUGAUGGAGCAGCUGCAAUAGUUUGAUUGGUCCGGCGCAUGUAUUAUAUCACACUAAGAUUGGGAUAUUAUAAUUGCUAAGUUGCUGUUCAAAAGACUCGUAAGAGUCUGUAUUUGUUCCAGAUAAUUACACUAUGGUCUCAUCCAUAAAGGAUGGGCUCAACGCACUGCAAAGAUCAUUCUAUACACAAACGCACUUGCUGUCGUUGCGGUAUGGUCUUUGCAUGCAAGACACCAGCACAGCACUGACAGUCUAUGUGUACAGAAGGAGCUUUCCCCAAAGGGCUCAGCUAACUGUAUUUAUGUUUAGUGGUCUCACCGCGUGGAAAGCACCUGGCGCACGGUGCACGGCAGACAUCUCAUUGGCGCUUCUUUGGCUGAGUGAUUAUAGUUGGUACUUACCAGCAAAUUAUCAGUUUAAUAAAAAUGGAUUUUAUGUAAUUUCUUUUAAAAACUGUAUGUAUGGGCCUAGUAACAAAAAUGUCAUGGAUUGUGGACACAUGAAAACCAGAUUAAUUUGGCAGAAGAAGGAUUCCAAACGCCAAAAAACAAACAAACAUAGAAAAUGUGUGAAAUGCAUUUUGUCCAUUAUUUUUGAUUUGUUUAGAAAAAAAAGCAUAAAAGGGAAAUUCUGAUAUGACACUCAGUACCCAACAAGUAUUCUUGUACAAUACAACACUCAAACCAUAGCUGUGCUGUUAUUAUCUAGGCAGGACAGUCUAGAUUUGAGGGGCUCUGUCCCAUUGGGCCAGAAAGUUGUGAGAUAUGUCCUCUGCUUGCGGGUUCCGUGUGUGUUUGCUGUGCUAUGGGGGUCAUUCCGAGUUGAUCGCUAGAUAAAAAUGUUCGCUGUGCAGCGAUUAAGUGAAAAAGCGGCACUUAUGCGCAUGCAGCGCAGUGCGCACGCGCGACGUACCUUCACAAAGGGUGAAGUAUUUUUACACAAGGUCUAGCGAAGCUUUUCAGUCGCAAUGGCAGCCGCAGAGUGAUUGACAGGAAAGGGGCGUUUCUGGGUGUCAACUGAACGUUUUCAGGGAGUAUUCGAAAAAACGCAGGCGUGCCAGGAAAAACGCAGGCGUGGCUGGGAGAAAGCAGGGCUUGUUUGUGACGUCAAAUCCGGAACUGAACAGUCUGAAGUGAUCGCAAGCUAGGAGUAGGUCUGGAGCUACUCUAAACCUGCACAAUUUUUUUUGUAGUCGCUCUGCGAUCCUUUAGUUCGCACUUCUGCUAAGCUAAAAUACACUCCCAGAGGGCGGCGGCAUAGCGUUUGCACGACUGCUAAAAACAGCUAGCGAGCGAACAACUCGGAAUGACCCCCUAUGUGCAGUGUUCAAAGGGUAUUCUAUGGGGAAGGAAUGUGAUGUCAUGGGAAACACUGAUCACGCCCCUGUGACGCGUUACUAUCAGUACUAUUAAUACAUGUUAAGCUUUAAAACAUAAAGGGGGAUAUUUACUAAGCAGUGAUAAGAGCGGAGAAGUUGCCCAUGGCAACCAAUCAGCACUGAAGUAACAUGUAUAAUUUGCAUACUAUAAAAUGAUACAGAGCAGCUGAUUGGUUGAUGGGGCAACUUCUCCACUGGCUCACUUCUCCACUCUUAUCACUGCUUAGUAAAUGUCCCCCAAAGUGCUUUUUUUUUUUUUUUUUAAGAAUUCCACAUGUGGGCUUUCCUCCACCUGUAGCAGUCAUAUAGUAGGCAUGUUCUGCUCUCUGGGGUUAUUUCCAUUGGAGUUCUUCUUUACAUUAAUUGUGGCAUCACUAUUAAUGUCAGCAUAGUGCAGAUUCUGUAUACUGUACAUUGCUAUGUAUUAUUUGCAAAAAGGUUUUGUUUUCUCUUUAAACUUUCUCAUGUUUAACUUCUGCCCACCGAGCCCAGAGACAGCUAAGAGACAUCUAUUUGGGUGGCUUCUCGCCCAAUUAUGCAUACGGACUGUUCCACAUCCCCGCUAAUGGUAAUAAUCCUUCGUUAUACUGUAAGUCUAUGUAACUCAUUACAUUUGAUAUAUGAUAAUUAACUCCAUGUAGCAAGAUUUCCAUAGGACACCAAACUUCAGCUACAUGAUCUCGUUACGGUUAUUCUUUAUUAGUUCCAAAACGUGCAUUAUUAUACAUUAUUAUAUAAUAUUAUAUAUUCAGCAUUUAUUAUAGGCUUUACAAAGCCAGCUUAAUGUAACUGACACUUGAAGCUCGACUUCCAGCUUAAAAAUGUAUAUAGAGUGGCCCACAGCUAUCCAGCAGUUAAUGGCUCCAUGCCAGGCAUUUCAUGGGUAGGGGUACAUUCUUGAGUAGGUGACCUCACAGCCCCCCCCCCCCCCCCCAGUCUGCCUCACCUCCCCUGACUUCUCUCCUUCCCUGUAUAUCAUGUCUUCAGCUGUCUUUCCACCAUCUCCACUUGUGAGACCCAAUGCUACUUAAUGCACAUCAUGUCCAAAACAGAGUUCAUUAUCUGCUCCCUACCUAUGGAACUCUAAGCCCCGUCUGACACUAGACUCUCCCAGUCAUCAGUGUUUCAAGUGCUUUCUGAAAACCCAACUCUUGAAUAUAUCCGUCUAAUACCUUAUUCUAACACCAUUCCCUCUGCAUGUUUUACCAGCCCCAGGUCAUGUCUGGUUUUCAUGUGCCGAGAUACCUGACAACUCUCUGUAUUGGCUAGUUCUACAAUAUAUUGCACUGUUGUAACAUAAAGAACUUAAUAACAAGUGUAUUAGUGUUUCUCAUACAGUGAACACCAGUGACGGGCAACAGAGUGUCCCACCAAACCUUCAUCUGCGGCCAAGGUCAGACGUUUGCAUUGCCAAGUCCAUGGCUAAGUUCUGUGGUGAACCUGGCGAUGCAGAGAAUUAAACUUAGCCUGAUUGGGAUUGCUGCUCUCUUCAUUAAAGUAACACACAUUUUCUAAUGUGGGCCCAAUAGGAGACCUCUGUAGAACUGGGUUGUGCCUGUUCUGGCCUUACCCCCAACUUUCAAAAGCUGUCAGAAAAUCUGGCCAUCUUUAAGUCACACCGAAUUGUCAGAUUGGGUUGCUAUAGCAUAUAACACUUGUAUGUUUUAUGUGGGCCAUACAUCUGUGAUGCAUUUCCCCAAUCCGAUCUGAACUGCCGAUUCGCUGCGCAAAACCGCAGGGCGAUGGCCAUUGAUGAUCGGCUGUCCAUCAGGAAUUCAGGGAAAUUUUGCAUGUUAAGAAUCCCUUAUUUGUCUUGAUCAUAUUUUGGUUGGGAUUGUCAUAUCAGGGAAAUACAACAUGGUGGUCUUCUCAGAUCUCCCGACCCAGGCGUCGGGGACCAUGGGAAUUGCCACAAUACAGACUAUCACCUUUGUAUGGGCACCUUUGCCCGUAAAAUGCCACACAUUUUAACUUCUUAAUUGUCACAUACAUCUGUGAUUAAUUACCAUUAAAUGUUGAAUUUUCCUGAUUUGCCAAUCCCAACCAUAAAAUGAUUGGGAUUGGCAAAUCGGGGAGUUUUCACAUGCAGAAUUUCCCAAAUUCCUAGAUGGAUCGCCGAUCAUCGAUGGCCACUGAUCUGCAUUUUUUAUCAUCGGAGCGGGGAAUCAGGGAAAUGCGUUGUAGAUUUGUUUUUUAAAUGUAGCUUCUACUUCUUUACAAAGAUGAAGGGUAAUAUUGAGCCCUUUGGAUGGUUAAAAUGCCACAGAUGCUACACUUGAAGUGGAUCAGGUCACUGGUGGAUGCCGUUUUUAACUAAACUUUAUAAUUACAAUUAACUUAUGAUAAUAUUUUAUUUCUCUCAUAAUGUUAUAUUAUUUUCAUAUUUUGUCUCGAUCUUUUCUCAUCAGAUUUCAUUUAUUUGUUCACCUUGAUUAUUGUGGUACAGUUUAACAUCAACUUUAUAUCUUUAUUUUUUAUUUUUUUGUGGGGGUUAUAGCUAGUACUUUUUUUUUACCUUUAUUACCCAGAAUGUUGUUUGUGUUCUCUCUUGAAGGUCAAACAUAUUUUUCAUAAACCAAAAGUCCGUGAGCUAUCGCUUUAUUGUCACAAGGCUGGUUUUCUUCACUGCAAAUAUCUUAUGGUUUUGAAAUGAGACACUAUAUACAUUCCAGAUAACCUCAGGGCAUUCUCUUUCUAUGGAUAUGUGUCAGAAGUUCAUAAAUACUCUAUGUUGGGAAUAGCACAUGGCCAUUGAAGUGUGUUUUUCUCGUCGUCCUUUAAAAAUAUUACGUUUUUAGAAAAUGACAUUGAGAUAGUAUGGCUUCAAAUUAUUUAACACUUUUUUAAAAUCAGAUACCAAAUGGACGUAGACCUCUUUGUGAUGGCAGUUAGGGAUUCUGUUUAAAGGUACUUGUCACCGAUCUCUUUUCUUACUCUGUCCGCAGACUAGCAGAAAUCAUCUAAGGACUCUCGGCUGUUGUCUUUGGUGAAAUGAAAUAUUAAGGGGGGAAAUGUAUAAAUCAUUGGAGAGAGAUAAAGUAUAGAAGUUGCCCAAAGCAACUAAUCAUCUUUGGUCAUUCAAAGACAAUGUUCUUUGUUAGAAUGUUUUGGGCAACAUCUCCACUUUAUCUCCAAAUCUUGAUACAUCUCCCCCUUAUUAGUUAAAAGAGGGCAUGCACUGCUAACUGGAUGCUUGGGGCUCUAUGGGGAUUGCCAUCUACCUUGAUAGAGUCCUUGGUCUACAACAUUUUUGAAAGAACUUGCCCACCACCUUGUAUUUGAGAGAGGGUAUCUUCCUGAGACCAGCUUCCACUGUGCCAAGGGGAUCCCUAAGGAAACAGGGUCUCCAUACAGGAAGAUUAUGUUCUAGUCUGGCCAGAUUCAAUUAGCCACGAGCUGCCGCCUGUGCAUAUGACCACAAAUUAUGAUAGCUGAUUUUCUGCUUGAACCUCCAUUGAAAUGAGCCCUGAGAAACAUCCCACAAAGCCACCGAAAGCCAUAUAGGGCCAGAUUUAGGAGGAGAUCUUUCAAGCUUGGAGAUAAAUAAAGUGGAGAGAGAUAAAGUACAAACCAAUCAGCUCCUAACUGUCAUUUUACAGGCUGUGUUCGAAAAAUGACAGGAGCCGACUGGCUUAUAAUUUAUCUCCAAGCUUUGAAAUAUCUUCCCCUUAGAGUUGAGUUCAACUACGUACAGUGUGGGUUGCAAAACUGCACUAUUACCUGCUUAUUGCACAUAUCUUAAAACACAUGCAACUGUAAAUAAGCAGGGAUGCAGGGGUAUCUCAAAGCACCAUCAUCAUCAUCAUCAUCAACUUGAUAAUAACUGUUAUGUCAAAAGUAUUAAAUAAAAAAAAAAGAAAUUAUAAUAAUAAAAAUAAAAUGCUAAGUCAGCUGCCACCAAAGUUACAGGAAUUCAGUGCCAUGAUAAUGUAGCUGGGGUUGGGUUCACUAAUUACAAUUUUAACGGUUUAACUGUUAAUGAGGCCCCUAGCGUGGAAGUUUCGGAGGCAUGGUGAUUGUGCUGGAUUGGGCCUCAAUGAUCCCUUCCACAUAAUUACAUUUCAAUGGUAACGAGGCAGAGCUGAAGGUUGGUUAAUGCACUACCACAGUACAUUUCAUCUACACAAACCAUGCUCUCCUUUUCCAAUGAUCUCUCCUUUGUGGAGAUCCAAUUUUAUUAUUGGACCCCUGGCACUAUGGAAGGGGGAACCCUCAAGAUUUUGUUACGAUGGAGGUGGGUGACUCUAAAAAGCACUAUUUUUAAAGAGUAAUUGUUGAUAAAGGUUGGCCAAUUCAGUGGCGGAAAUUCAACUAAAAAGAGAAACAUUGACCCAUGUAAUGUCUUGUCUGAGAUUGUAAAGUCCUGAUUGGCCAGAUGGAUGGGAUGGGCGUAGUUCAAUAGGAUGUUCAAAAACAAUACCUACUGUAUGCUUUUAAUUCUCUUUGUACGGCUAUUGUCAAGACUAUACAGUAUAUAUGUUUCAUUACCGAGGUUACAAACAGAGUACAGAGUCGAGUAGAGUUCCCCUCUUUGGAUGGCCAGAUCUAGAACAGGGCUGCCGGCCAUUGUGUGACAAUUUCUUUCAGAAUGAAAACAACGCAGUAAAACAAACCUAAAAACAAGCCGGAUUUUAAUGCUGUUGACUUUUUCUUCACACCUAGGGCAUAAGAUUAAUACUCGUAUUUGUGCCUUGCUCGCUAUAUAUUCAUGUUACCGAUACGCUUUUCAGAUUUUGGUUGAUAAGGGAACACACAAUUUUUUACAAGUGGCCUUUAGUGCUAUUUACAAUAUUAUUUAUUGUACUUUUUAAAACUGUAUUGUAAUUUAUAUUCUGACACUGUCCGAUAUUUGAAAAAAGGAAAAUGAUUAAUAUGAUUAUUUAAAUAUAUAUUAUGCAAUGGGUAAUUCUUAUCUGAUUUUUUUAAU